AUGAGCAGGAGAAAUGGUUUAAAUGAAGGAUAUGAAAUAAUGCUGUUUAUACAUAAGGGUAGCAGUAAGUACAAAGCCGCGAUCCACCAUCAACAGUGUUGGAAUCAUUUCAAAAAAAAAAAACAGAGCGAUGUUAUUCAACAGAAAAUGUCAAACGAUAACAACAGGGAUGUUGGAUUAAAUGCAUUUAAAUCUUUUAAUAAAAGAAUGAUAAAUUUGUAUCGUCAUUUGUUAAUGAUCCCUUUUCACUACACAUCAUCAGAAUUAUUUAAAUUCGAUGAUUUAGAACAAGAAGCGAUGGUUUGUAAAUUAGCAAAUCAGGUCAGACAUUGCCUUCUUGUCUCCCACCCCCAUAAAACACUUUCAAAUGCAAUCGAAAAAUAA